ACUGACACAAAAUGUCAUUGAUUGUUUUGUUGUGGAAGUGGGAUUAUAACCUAAAAUAUACAACAUAAAACUAUUGUUUAUUGAAUUAUAAUACCAUAUCCAUAUCCGCGUUUGAUCCUCAAGAUGCGGAUAAAAAUAUCCCGGCUCCUUCGGAAUACUCAACUAAAUAUUACCUAUCGCAGUAUGAAAACUAUAACCCCAAGAGUUCGAUUUGCUCCCAGUCCAACUGGAUACUUACAUUUAGGAGGCCUCAGAACAGCAUUGUACAAUUACCUUUUUGCCAAAUCUAAAGGAGGAACAUUUAUAUUGAGGAUAGAAGAUACAGAUCAGACAAGAAAAGUCGAUGGGGCUGUGGAAGCUUUGAUUAGUGACCUGGAAUGGAGCGGUGUGCACUGCGACGAGGGGCCAGGAAUAGGAGGGGAACUCGGUCCUUAUGUGCAAAGUGAGCGACUGAACAUUUAUCAGGAACAUGUAAAUAAACUAUUGGACAAUGGUUCUGCAUACCGCUGCUUCUGCACUGAGAGGCGGCUGAACAUCCUGAGGAGAGACGCAGUCAAGUCUCAAAGAGUACCAAAAUAUGACAACCGAUGCCGGGACUUAACUAAAACAGAGAUUCAGGAGAAAAUGAAAUCCAAUGCCCAUAGCUGUAUUAGGUUUAAGCUGACUUCAGACUGCCAAUCCUUUGAAGACCUGGUCUACGGAGGCAUAGCAUAUGAUGUGUCACUGAACGAAGGAGACCCAGUGAUCAUGAAGAGUGACGGCUUCCCGACGUACCAUUUUGCCAACGUAGUUGAUGAUCAUCUCAUGCAAGUGACUCACGUGCUGCGCGGAGUGGAGUGGCAGAUAUCCACCACCAAGCAUUUGCUUCUGUACAGAGCCUUCGGGUGGGAGCCCCCUCGGUUCGGCCACCUGCCGCUGAUCGUGAACGCGGACGGCAGCAAGCUCAGCAAGCGCCAGGGGGACGUCAAGGUGGAGGACUACAGAGCCAAUGGUACAUUUCCGUUGUCGUUGGUGAACUACAUAACUCUGUCCGGAGGCGGGUUUGACCACGAGCCCGGCGCAGGGCUCAGGAUAAAGACCCUGGAGGAACUUGCUGCUGAGUUCCAGGUAGAAAAGAUCCAAUCACAUCCAUCCCGCCUGAACUCCGCUCUACUCGACGAAUGCAACCGCCUAGAGAUGAAGAGACAACUGCAAGACCCUCAACUAACCAGCGACCUGGUGAAGCGAGUACAGGAGCUAGUCACCACAAUCUACCCAGGGGAGAACCUCAAUAUAGCUGAAGAAAAUGUUAAGGGCAUACUAAAUUGGGCCACAGUAAGAGUGACGAAGAUAGAAGAUCUAGUCUCCCCAAAGUUGGGUUUCCUUUGGAUUUUACCGGAGUCUAAAUCAAUUGAAGAUCGAGACAAAGAAUUGCUCGCCAAAGUUAUAGAGUUGCUGGAGAAAACGGAUGCUUUUGACGCGAAAAGUUUGAAAGUAAUCUUGAAAGAGUUUUCCAGCAAUAAUGGGGUGAAGUUUCCAGAGUUGAUGAAGAUGUUGAGGUCUGCCCUGAGCGGCUUGAAAGAAGGCCCGGGCGUGGCUGAGAUGAUGGACCUGCUCGGGAAAGAUAAGUCUAUUCAGAGAAUAAAAGCUGUUAUGAGAUAAAUUGUACCUGUUGUUAAUAAAUAUGAUUUAAUUUUAAGGAUAAAAAAUCUUUGUUUGAAGGCAGCUUACCUAUAAACCUCUUCAAAUGUAGGUAGAUAUUGUUUUAAGAACUUUAAAAGUUAAGGGAUCUAGGUAAAAAUACAAUAUUUUAUUAAAUUGACUUUAUUUAAAAAACUUCGAUCAAUAUUUAUUAUCUACUUUGACAAAUUGCUCUUUCCACACAACUCGAUAUAAAAAUGCAAAUUAUUACUUUACUAUCAUAAUUAAAUCAAUUAUUGCAUUUGCACAAGCUUAACUAUAAUCAAACUGUGUUAAGAUUUAUUGCAAUCAACAUUAGAUCAUUAUAAUUUAUUAAUUUAGAAAUUAUAAUUUAAUUGCA